CGCGAUCUCUCGAAAUCAAGUAGAUAUAAAUUUGAAAAAUCUCCCGUUUCGUCUGAAAGUUUUACAGCGAUUGCCAUUUUUUGAGAGUUCCAAAAUGUCAAGCGAAGAUUAUAAAGACCGAAAAGCAACCAAACUUAUUACUUCAAGCGUACUCAAAACGAAAGGUCCUCUGAAAAAAGAAGAUGGUAAUGUGUCAACGGUGAGCCAUGAUCUGUCUAAAAUAAACUAUCUGAAAACUUCCUCCUUGUUCGAAUCUGAUGUGCUUAGUCAAAGUCAUACUAGUUCGUCUUGUAUAAGUGAGGAUGCCAGUCAUGCUUUGUAUGACAGGAUGGCGGAUAAGUUCUAUGGAGUUCCCAAUUUUAAUAGGGAUAUUCAUUGGACGAAUGUUCAUCUGGGUGGAAGAACACUGAGGAACUGAACAAUAGCGAUUUGAACGACUCAGAACUAUUGAAAUGAUUCAAAAAAUAUAUAAGUAUUUAUAGAAUAUCACACAAAAACAAAGCAAAAUACUAGAACCUCAGAGGAAUGAAAAGGACUGACUACCUCUCAGAGUAAACCCUUAUUUUCCAUUUUACCCCCACUUGUAUCUCCAAUCCACCCUUAAAUAAGUGGAAUUGCGGAAUUACCAGGGCAUUGCAACCAAGAAUACCUACAAGAACGUUGUUAGUGAAUUAUUGGUUGCAGUAUGUGAAAUAACGAAAACUUCAUUUCAUAUUUCAAUAUUCAAUGGUAUAAACUUUAAAGAUAAACAUUGGACGUUGUUCGAUUGUUAGAAGUAUUAACAGAAAACAAAACAUUUUUUCCCUUGAUUUGUUUGGACUUUCGAUAUGAAUAUGACUGCUUCUGCUAAAGGAUUCAAGGUAACAGAUGCUAAUCGGAAGAUAAGAGUGGGUGUAGCUGCCAAAGACUUGGAAGAACUGAAAGUUAAAACUAUUAUGAAAUUCAAAUUGAAGUUGACUCCAUCAGAAAUAGAAUUUCAACUUCCAGAUGGCACUUUUGUAGAAACAGAGGAUUACUUGCAGACUCUUAAACCUCAAACUCUGCUCAUUUGGGUGAAGCAUGGAGAAAUUGCUCAGACAGAUUCUGAAAUUCUGUACAAAACUAUAAGAGAAGUGAAUAAUGAAUAUCUUACAGCAGGCGAGAAAGUACAGGAGUUUUUUAGUGAGAAUAUGAAAAGUAAAGUUUACAAAUUGGCAGAGUUAUUGAGAGGAAUCGAUGAUGAUAAGUCUAAGUUUUCAUUAAAAAGUGAACAUCCUGAAUGGUUUGAGGGGUUAGAUACAAAUGCAAAAACAAAAGAAGACUUCAUGUUUCGAAAGGCUCAGGACCGCAUCAGAACUUUCUUCUACCGCACAAGAGAGGAGCUCAGAAAACGAACGGAAUUACCUCAAGAUAGACUUCAGUUUUUAUUGUUAGAAUUGAAUAAUAGACUUAAAUAUUCUAAGUACAAUGGGCAUUAUUUCGACAGGAGGAAAUGGGAUGGAGACGGCGUCCUAAAAUCUCUAUGCAACAAAAAUGGUACUUUUUCCUGCCAAGGAAGAUGGGAUAAGGAAAAAUGUUUGUAUGAAACUUCACACCAAAUCAACCCAUACAAAAGUAGAGAGGAAAGGAUUAUUUUUCAGUGUUGGAAUUUGGAUCACGUCAAAGAAAGGUCCAGAAGUAUCUUACCUGCUAUUUGUGAAGCAUUGAAACAUAAAAGUGCUACAGAGAACGGUAAAAAAUUGGAACCCUUAAAUGAUGAAAUAAUUCUAGAUGCCAUGAGUAUUUACGAAGAUUUAUUUACUACAAAAAAUCUUAAACUUGUACAUAUCGUAUGUCAUGAUAAAGGAGCACAUAGUAAAAAGGCUGGACCUUAUUUUUUAAUCUGAUAAGAAUGACUGAGAUUUUUUCAGGUGUUCACCAAAACAAAUCUGAUUAUUAACAGGUUGAUCUCAACUAGUUUGAAGAUUAGAAAUAGAAGAUACAAAUUUUUAUAUUUGAAUUAAUUAAUAAUAUCUUUAAAUUGAGACAGUUCACUUAGAUGUUCAUAUUUAAAGAAUACAAGAAUAUCUACAUUUCUGAAUUCUAUUUGAAUUUUAUAAUUCAAUUACUUUCAGUUGACUUGAGAAAUUUCGCUCGAAAACUAUCUCAUUUUGCUUUAUAUUACUAUUUGUUAGAAGCACUUUGUCUAUUAACAACAAAUGAUGAAAACUCAAAUUUAUCACAGGUAACCCCAGAACAGUCUUAUAUCAGACUUACUAACCUUUUAAGAACAAGAAAAACUUUAAUCAUAAAUAAAGAAUUUUGAUUAACUUAAACAUCUCACUUAAACGGUUGUUUCUUCACUUCGUGAUUUUAUCAGGUAUUGCCAGCGCUGGCACUAAGGUAUGAUAUGGUGGGGCAGCCGCCACUCUGUGAGGGACGGCUUUUCCGCCACGUUUGGCUCGUUGAAUUCUAAUGGUUUGCUUCUUUCCUUAUUAAUGAUCAAUGAAUUUGCUUAAUAGAAAAUUAUUUAAAGCACAAAUGAACCUAAAAUAGCGGAGAUAUUGAUGACUUAGGAUUUGAAAAUCGAGAAGAUCAUACAUAAACACUACAUUGAAUCCUUCAAAAACAAAGCUGGAAUUUUGUCUCUAUAAUUAAUUCCUUGAAGUUUUAUAACAGUCUGCCAACAUUUUAUCACAUGAUCCAAAAUGAAAAAGUCUUUAAAAAUAGAAUACGAAAACUGGUCUUGGAAUGCGAACCCUAUAAAAUUCAAGAAUUUUUCGAACACUACUACUCUCUCAAGAACUUAUAUUGAUUGGAUUUAUUUUUCUUUUGUAUGACGUAUUUUCCUUUUAUUGUACUCAAUAAUUGUGAUCAAAUGAAAAAACUAUUACUAUUACUAUUAAAUUCGCGAAAUCUGGUCUUCACUUGAUGGUAUUCCAUUCGAAUAAAAUAAAAACAAUUAAUUGCAAUUCCACAAAAAAAUUUUGCCACACUAUGAGUUCAUACGGUAUUUACGAUUCCGAAUCUAACAAAGAGAGUGGAAGCAUUAGGUAUAAUCACUUUUGGUAAGGAAAAAAUGUUUGGUUUCCAAUUUCGAAAUUUGUACUCGCAAAAUAUAUUUCAGACCAUCCUGAGUAGCUUUGAUUUCAUGUCUGUAUGUACGACAGUCCGUGUGGCCACACAUUCUUCAACAAUUAUUAUCCGAAUUUAAUGAAUUUUGAUUGGUUAUUAAGUUUGGCCGUAGAUAUUCCCAUACUAAUAUCAGAUUAAGAAUUAUCACAUGAAGACUUCGCAUGCGCAAACUUGAAAUUCUCAGAAUUUCUAUACAUAUAUCUCCUUCUAAUUGUUUGAUGUUAAUGAAAAUACAUAUGGAUAUUUGAAUUGGUAAAAGUUCCUUUGAAAUUUUCAGGUCUUUUGCAAACUUGAAAUUCUACUUGUCUGGUUUUGGUCAAAUUUGGUUUGGGUUUUUGAUAUUGGACAUUAAAAAUACUGCUGAAUAUAGGGCUUGCAUUGCGUAUGAGUAAAUCGGAACUUUCAGAAGCUAAAAGAGUUGACUUUUAAAAAGUGAAGAAUGAGGAAGCAUUGUGCCUUAUCUAUUGGCAGAUUUUUUGUCAAUUUAUAUUAGGUAAAUCUGAAAAUAUUGCUGUUGUGAUGGUUCAGAGGAUUCUUGAAAGAGAUGCUAAAAAAUUAUUUGCUUCAUGCUCAAAAACUGACUGGCCUUGUUCUUGAUUAUACAUUUUAACUUUUAAUGGAUAAAUAAAGAUCAUGACUUACAUAGUUACUGUUAAUCAUGGAUAAAACGAAAAAAAAAACGAGGUUAUUGGAACUUGGUGCCGAUAUUACCAAAUCAUCUGAACAUUUUCAACAAAGAAAAUAAUUUUUUAAUUAACUGUAAACAUUUCUUGGAGACCACAAAUGCAAGUAAAAAGCAGUUAUGGUUAUUUCAAUCUUCAGAUUACUUCGGAAUAUGUUGAUCAUUGAAAAUGUUUGAGCUGAUAUGGAUUGAAAUCCAUAUCAACUCAGUUAUCAACUUAGUUAUUCAAUGAAUUGAAUAACUAAUAAUUGUUCUGAAAUCUAACCUCAUCCAAAAAAUUUGAGUGCUGAUUCUCACCUAGCAUCACCUGUGAUUUGUGAUUAAGAAGUUCGCACAAGUAGCUUUAUGAAAUUCAUUGGAAUGAUAUUGAUGUGUUUUGUAGAUUUAAUUUUUCAAGGAAACUUCUUAGGAACACACCCUUCUUUUGUUAAUGUGACACUCUGGUCAAUGAUAUUAAUAUUUUCAUUUUGUUCACAUGAAAUUCUAAGGCUUCAAAUUGCUAGUACAAAAUACCUGAAAAAAUCUCAUUGAGAAUUACAUUGUACCCCAACUUCGAUGGGUACAAUGGAAUUUCAUUUUAUAUGUAAGAUCUCGUUUUUAAUAAUGCUUAGAGAGUAGGAUGAUGAAUUUGAAUAAUCAACGAUGAGAUAUAGUGAAUAAAAUUUAUGAUACUAUGAAACGGUGAGUACUUCAAAUGAGGAUUCGAUAAGUAGGUAAAUAUAAAGGAAAAAUGUGAAAUUCUUGUUCCAAAUAGAAAACAAAAAAGAAAUGAACUAUAUUUAUUUUCUUGAUCACUUGAAUUCCAUUUGUUUCUAUCACGAUCAACUGGACAAGUUAUACCAGGCCUUGCAACAGUGGUGCUCCAUUUCUCCUUUUUCGUUUCUCACAAUUGCAAUCUCUCAAGUUAUUCUAAUCGUUUAUUCAAAUGUUUUUCGUAACUACUGAGGAACAAAGAAUCAGAUCAUACCUACUGAAAUUCUACUAUAUUCCAUUUAAAUUAUAUUGGCAGUUGGGUUUAUUAUGCCCUACAACCUAUUUCUCUAUUAUUCCUGGCUGCAUUGAUUUGAAUGAAUUUCAUUCUGAACUGCAACUACUAAUUCCAUUGAACUUUAAAAGCUCAGAUAACUAAUGUUCGCCACUCACGAAGCGUUUUUUCGAGCGUUUGGUAGCAGGCGUUCAAGAGAUUCCGGUCGGGCAGUCAAGUUCAUUCUCUGAUUUACAGUCGUGCGGUCGUGUCCCGAGCUGCCCGACUGGAAUCUCUUGAACGCCUGCUACCAAAUGCUCGAAAAAACGCUUCGUGAGUGGCGGGCAUAAUAUAUCUUUAUCAUCAUUGCAUAAAGAUUAGUAGAAGGAGAACCGCAGUUUCGUUCAAAUAAUUUUGAAAUUAGAUGACGCUACCGUCGAAUGAUUCUUCACAGUAAAGUUAAAGUUUAUCGUAAACGAUAAAAAACAGUACGAGAACAGAAAACUACAUAUUUUUAUAUUUGUGCCUGUAUGUACACGCUAAUCUAUGAAAUACUUUAAGGAUUCAUUUGCGGUUUUCGAAUUGGGCGAAGAUAAGCUUAGAGCAAUAAAGCUUUAAGCAAUUAAGUUUUUUUCGUUGGAAUUGGAUGAAAGUAAAAAAAGUUAUAGUCAUUAAAAUAUAAUGUUUUAAUGAGCAAAGUCGUGUGCACAUACUAGUUUUGAAUAAACAUAAAAACUAAAUUUCAACUAGGUCGGACCUAUCGGAAACAGGGUCUCCUUUUUUGAUAUUUGUCUGAAUUUUCUAUGAAUAAUCAUAAAAUUUUUAUUGCGUCACCAAAAGGUGACGCAAGCUGGGAUCAAGCUGGGAAUUAUUGAUUUGACUUCACCCACAAAAUUUAAACUUGGUCGAAUCUUGUUUUUUUUAUAUUCUGCACGAAUUUGCUAUGGUUUUCUUAUAGUAUAAUUUUUUUUUUUACCUCCAAAUACAUAAUUCUAAUUGUAGUUGAGAAAAUAAAAUUCCGAAAUUAUUGGGUAUGAAUUUUCCCCAUUAACGAACCUGACAACGAGAUUCGAGUAAUCAUGUUCACGGAAGGACAUAAUUGAAUUUGGUCCUAUUUUUCUUGUUAUAUGAAGUUCAUUUCUCCUUUUCUCAAAUACUGUAUUUUGCUAUGACAAAUAAAUUAUUGAUUGAUUGAAUUUGACUCCAAAUUAUUCAUCAGUAGAUCAAAUAAAAUCGUUUGAGAACAAUAUUGGCAAAAAACUCAGAAUUCUAGACUUUCAAUUGGCGUGAGAUGUCUAGAAAUGCUAGAGUGUCCACUGAUUAGAUAUAUACUGAAUUGACCAGAUAUCUAUGCUUAAUUCAGCAGGGUGCUAACUUUUUCAAGAGGCAGUGGUCACAUCUUCACACAUUCAAGACAAACCUAUGUUACACUGAACUCUUGAAUGAUAAAUUUGUUGUCAGGAAAAUCAAAGGAAUUUUUUUUUCAAAUAUUGAAAUAACGUUUAUCUCUUGCUCUAGCUAGCACUACCUAAAUGUUAUAGGUGAAGUAUAUAAAUGAUUUAUCAGAAGGUUGACAAGUUGAUUAAAAUCAAUUGUGUGGUAGAAAAAUUUUUCCCAUUUUUAUAUUUCUGAAGUACUCAUCAGUUUCAACUUUCACUGAAACGUAGAAUAAGUGUGAUUUAAAAAAUCAGACGACAAAAAAAGAUUACUAAACUAAAUUGAACUAUAGAGAUAGACUGAAAAAUUCUAAUUUUGAAAUUUAAAAGAUAAUACGCUGAUUGUGAGGUACCUAAUAAGUAUGUUGAUAAAUCAGUGAUUUAGUACAACAAUAUUAGUAGUAAUGUUAAUAUUAAACAGGGUUACUGAUGCAAAUUUCGAUUUGUGGAAUUUACUGCCAUGUGUACGCAUAAUCAUAUAUUCUUUCAUAAGAUAUAUUUUUUUAAUUAAUUCAAGGUUUCAGAUAUGUUGAUGAAGAACCUAACGGCAAAAAUGUCUUUAGAAUUAGAAAAUUAAGAUCAAUGUUACAAUCUCAACUAUUGAAAGUAACUUUAAGAUUAAAGUAAUUGACAGAAAUAGAUAAUUGAAUCAAUAAGUAUUGGAAGAUUUUGAAUAGGUAUAUAGAAUUUAUGCAAAUUAUAAAAUGAAUAUUUGCUUGAAUUUACUGCGAUGCUUGUUCCUAACAUGAUAUAGCAAGUGAUAACUUAGAUGAGUUCACAAAUAAAUUUUAAAAAACACAAUACAAUUUGAUGUUUAUGUAUAUACUAAAUCUAUUGAUAUGUUUAACAAAAACAGUUGAAUCUUCGUGAAUCUGUAUGUAUUUGAUGAGUGGACUAGAUAAUGCUAAAAGUGAAUUUCUGUUGGCAGGUAAAUAGGUGAACAUGAUAUAGUAAUAGAUAUGCUUGAAAUAGAUUUAGGAUGAAGAAAGCUCAUUUUUUCAAAAUGGAUGGAACAUUUAGAGAACGAGAUAAAUAAUGAGUGAAAUGGCCAAGGAAAUAUUUCAAAUAAAUAGUUGUGAUUUUUCGAAAAGUAUUCUGCAGUUUUCAUUAACAAUUUUUUGUAGUAUCGUAGUGGUCUUAUCAAUAUUUUUUUUUCACUUAUCGCUUUUUUGUAAACAGAAAGUUCAUGAAUUAAGAAUAUACACAAUUAUUGAUAGUCAAUUUCGAUAUUUCACCCUAUAGAAUAAUUGCAUUGAGUAAGUGGUAAAGAACAUCUGAAAAUCCACUAAGGCGUUACGAUCAUUUAUAUUUGUAAAUUUUAAGACAGAAAGAUUACUGAUGAAGCUGGAAUGGUAUGAUAUUGUUGAUAUUAUUGUGGUAACUCCGCUAGCUCGAGAGUUGGCACCGUACGCUGAGCAAAUCUCGGUAUAACGGCAGCGCUUGGGACAUAAACCCAACCGUAAACUUCCCACGCUCGGCUCUGGAGGUGGUAGGUGAUAUGACAUUGACCACUAAGUUGUCAUACUGAUGUUUCAAUCAGUGGUCCCGGGAUGAAACACCGCAAUUCUCCGAGAGUGACCAUAAAAAUUGGUUGAGAACGCCUUGUCAAAUGUUUAACUCUGUACUGUGGAAGUUCUAGAACUUUUAUGUAUAUGCAUGAAAAUUUAAAUUUUAUAUAUUUUUGAAAUAGUGGCAAAUUAACCUUUGACUUGUCGUUGCUAACAACAUAAAUAAUGAAGCUGAUUUUUAGUUAUCUAUCUUUACCCAAAGAAUUUCGUUGAGAAUUGUGUCCAAUUUACUGUAAAAAGGUUUAGUCAAAUAAAGCAAAAAUUCAACAUA